CUUUAGCCAAAAAUGUGCCUGAUGGUGGAGAUGACAAGAAGAACAUGCAGAAGAAGAAAGCUAAGGAGCUAAAAGUUUUGGAUGGAAAGUCUGCACAGAAUCUUUCCAUCUUCCUGGGAUCAUUUCGUCUUCCUUAUGAAGAGAUCAAAAAUGCAAUCCUGGAGGUUAAUGAGAAGAUCCUUACAGAGUCCAUGGUCCAGAACCUGAUCAAGCAACUCCCAAGCCCUGAGCAGCUAAGUGUCCUGGCCGAGAUGAAGGACGAAUAUGACGAUUUGGCUGAGUCUGAGCAGUUUGGAGUUGUGAUGUCCAGUGUGAAGAAGCUCACGCCUCGACUCCAGGCCAUUUUGUUCAAGCUGCAGUUUGAGGAGCAGCUCAACAACAUUAAGCCUGAUGUGGUGUCUGUGACCGCAGCCUGUGAGGAACUUACCAAAAGCCAGUCCUUCUCCCAACUGCUGCAGAUUAUUCUCCUCAUGGGCAACUUCAUGAACGCUGGGUCUCGCAAUGGCAAAGCAUUCGGUUUUUCAAUUUCUUAUCUCUGCAAGUUACGGGACACCAAAUCUACAGAUCUCAAAAUGACACUGCUACAUUUCCUGGCUGAAGUGUGUCAGGAGCAGUACCCGGAAGUUAUGAGUUUUCCUGAUGAGCUCAUUCAUGUGGAGAAGGCCAGCAGAGUAUCUGCAGAGACUAUUCAGAAGAACCUAGAGCUUAUGGGUCGCCAGAUCAAAAACCUUCAGAAAGACCUGGAAACUUUCCCUCCGCCACAAAAUGAAAAGGAUCAGUUUGCGGAGAAGUUAUCUAUAUCCUUCACAUUAGCAUCAGUCUUGUCACAUUAUAAUAAGUCUAAAUCUGCGCUUAAAUAUUAG